AUGGAGCCAGCAACCAAGAAACGCAGGUUAGCUCCUAAAGUCGAGGCCCAGCCUCAGCCUGUCUUCGCCCAUGAGCCUGCACCACCAGCGCAACAUUAUCCGGUUCAGGAUGCGGUUUCAGCCCCGCCGGCUUCAGAGAGACAUGAGUUCGAGUCGUUUGCGAGACAUCUGCAAGAUGCUGCGAUGCUUAUAUACCGACAAACCCAAAGAUCGCCCUAUUCGAGUGUUUCAGUUUUAUUAUUACGAUGGGAAGAUGAUGAUCACGUCGAACAAGACCUCGUGGCUCUCGAGCAGGUCCUCCGCGAACGAUAUAAUUAUCGCACCGAUCGAUGGAGCAUACCCACCGUGCCCAAUCCGAGCAUCAAGUUAGGCGUUCGGACGGCGUCUUUUCUUGAAAAUGCAGCCUCGGAUCAUCUUCUUAUAGUAUAUUAUGCUGGCUGUGGUUAUGUUGAUAGCGAUGGCCAAGUCUUCUGGGCAAGCAACACGAAAGAAGAUGCAGCAAAGCUCAAGUGGAACGGUUUCCGCUGCUUAUUUGAUGAAGCACCAUCAGAUAUGCUUCUGCUGCUCGACACAUGUGCUACGAGGGAUGCGCCAAUCGCCUGCGCUGGGAGCAGCGUCAAGCAAGUCCUUGCCGCAAAUGGACCCGAAACCGGAAGCCGUGAGACCGGCGGCCGCUCUUUCACAGCUCAUCUCACCGAUGCUUUUACACGACUAGAUGUCGGACGACCCUUUACCGCUGAAAACCUAUAUCACGAGAUUGUCGCGCAGAGGCAUCAUGAAUUGGCACAGAGCUCUGGGCUGACGAAUGGCGCUACCAAAAGCAUGCCAUUUACGAACAAAUUACCUGUUCUUUAUACGUUAAGCACUGGAACUGGCCAGAGCUUGUCCUUGUCGCCUCUGCCCCCUGGCCCUGCGAAUGGGGCGAGCCCGUUGGCUGAGGGUGACGUACAGCAAACGAGAGCCGCAUGGCAGGACCAAAUCAUACAUCCUAAUGCUGUGGCUGAUCUGACAUUUGAGGAACCGCGAGUCUUGGUUUGCACGACGUUCGUUGGGGAGGCCAGUCCCGACAUGUCGUCAUUCAACCAAUGGCUUCACAAUACUCCAGCAAUGGCUUCCAAAAUCGCCGUGGAAGGCAUGUUCCUAGGCCCGCCUACGAUGCUGCUCAUAUCAAUGCCUAGUUCAGUCUGGGCCGUUGUACAGCAUGACAAGGUCUGCUGCUUCUUGGGCUACAUCAACUCGCAUAAUAUGACGCACCUCUACAGCCGCCUCGUCGGGUCCACGACUCGGCCCAAGGCGUCAGCCGUAGAUGUUGAGGAUGGGCGGAUACUUCUCGAAGUACGCCAGGCUGCUGCGACGACCCCCAUCAUUAAGCGACAUGAGUUGCCUCACCGAGAUCCCAACCAUGUCCCGAACCUCCCGGAAACGCCCGUCCGUUCAGAUGUUGUCGGCCGGGCUGAACCGGCCAGUUUGCCCCAGUCCUCGGUCUCGGUUGGUCUGCCGUUUGCCAACUUGACACCACGGACAGAUGCGGCCAAGCCGGACGACGUAGAAGAGUCAGCUGAGAUGCAAGAAGCAGCCGAGCAGCUCAAGGCGUUGAGUCACGUUCGGCAUAUGAGCGACGAAGUAGCUACCACUACAGCUACACGCGGUCAAUCACUCGUUGACAACCCGGAUGCCAAGCGUGAUGAUGCCUCGUCUCAUGAGGAAGACGAGUCCGGCGUAGAUGGCACUCAUAAUAACGCUGAGCUCAACACACCAUCUGCAAAGGCCAAACCGCGUCGCUCGCUUCAAAAAGCAACACCGAAACAAGAAACACGAUGCAACCUUUGCAGCCAUGCACCUUUCAAAGAUUCCUCGUCUCUACGCAAGCACAUCGCAGCAGCCCAUACCCGCCCGUUCCCGUGUGCAUUUGCAUUCGCCGGUUGCUCGAGUACCUUCGGCUCUAAAAACGAGUGGAAAAGACACAUCGCUUCACAGCAUUUGUGUUUGCAAUACUAUCGGUGUUCCUCCUGUUCUCAAAGCACCGUCGAGGGCAAGGGCAACGAGUUCAACCGGAAGGAUCUGUUUACACAACAUCUUCGACGUAUGCAUGCUCCAUUUGCAAUCAAAAAAGCCAUCGCCAAGGGAGACAGCAAAUUGCAAGUGGAAUGGGAAACUCACGUCAAGGAGAUGCAGACGUCCUGUUUGGUGACGCGGCGGCAACCACCGCAGCGCUCAGCAUGCCCCAAGCCUGAUUGCGCCAGUGUGUUUGAAGGACCGACAUCCUGGGACGAAUGGACUGAGCACGUCGGCAGGCACAUGGAGAAAGGGGAGGCCAAUAGGCUCGGGGUCGACCGCCUUCUCGCCAAGUGGGCGCUGGAUGAGGGCAUCAUCGAAAGGAAAGAAGAUGGCGAAUAUCGACUUUGCACCGGGACUGGAACAAGUGCGGAAAAAGACACAGGCGGCAACAACAGUGCGGGUAAUUAUUCGGAUGGGAAUGGCCGGGACCAACCGGACGAGGAAAGGACGAUUGUUGCCGCAAGCACAGUGAUUCCGGAUAAGAUGGAUGUGGACGGAUGA